GAUGCACAUCGAGCUUUGGAACUGCUAGAAGAUUAUCACACAAGACUUAACAAGUCACAAGAUAAACCGUUGAAGAAUGCAAUCGAAAGAGUGAUUCGAAUUUUUAAAAGUAAAUUGUUUCAAGCUUUGUUAGAUAUUCAAGAGUUUUAUGAAUGUACAUUGUUAGAUGAUUCCAAAAGUAAUCAAGAGAAAACAUUGGAGACAUUGAGAGUUGCCAGUAAAUGGGAA